AUGCUCGAACAAACACUUGUGCAGUCCACACCCGAGGUGAAUACAACGCAUGCCAUUGGCUCCAUUGAAAUUGAAUUCCAGAUGAGGCCAACCAUCUCUAAGGUGAUCAAAGGUGCCUCUGUAUGGAAUCUCCUUGAUCGAAUCAACUUCACCGCCGAAGCUCCACCCACACUUCCCCAGAACCCCGCAACUAUGUCGAACGGGGGCCCUGCCGCAUGCUCACGACCCAGGCUGUCUCUCUUCAUUCUCAUCACCGGCUCCACUCCAUUACCUCAAGCCGCUGUCUGUGGCCUGAUCAAAAUAGGCACUAUCAGACCAUGCCGGAGAGCAAGAAAAGAGUACGAGGAUGUGAAUCGCGCAGGCGAUGGUGCCCUGCCAUGUAGCCAAUGUGCUAAGCGAAAACUAUCCUGCAACAAGGGUUCCAAAGCUCGGUUCCGUUUGAUGUCACAUUCGUGUUAUCAGCUGAAGAGUUUGACUAACGCGAAUAGAGGAUCGAAAAAGUUUCCUUCGGACCAGACAUGGUGUCGGACUAUCUCAAAAAGAAUUGACUUUGUUGACCAAAGUUUAGAGAUUGCGAGACAAUACGACGGUGGAUCAGAAGCUGAAGAUGAAGACUUCCCGGACGAGCGCUUCAACGAACACGCUGAUACUUCGCCACCAAACACCGAGGCCUGCAACCCGAACUCUAACCUUUCUCCUGGGACAAACAGUCUAUCUAUUGAAGAUCAGAUUAUUUCUCAAAUAUCACCUCAGACUCUUUCGGAUAUUGGUCAGUCACCGCUUAUCCGUGAUUGGGCUCAAGCGGCAUCGGAGUGUUCCAUAGAGUCCACCAUCAGGCAGUUUAAACGCCUGGAGCUCCCUCAAGCGGCCCUCAAAGAGAAGGAUAAGGCCAACCUCAUUCGACACUUUGUCCAAGUUGUUGGCCCCGCAUUUGACUUUUAUGAUGAAGGCAGAAAGGUCGCGAGUGAGCUCACGGAACGGGCUAUUACUUGCCAAUCUCUCCUUCAUCUGGUGUACAACGCAUCUGCUAAGAGCCUAGGCCUUCCACUGGACUUGGAUAAUGCCCCUCAAAGUCUCGGUAACCCGAUAUCUCUACCGCAUAUCAAUAAUGGGAACAACAAUUCAGCCGCCGCACUUCUCUCAAGGUUCAUAUUCAAUCUUGAAGAUAAACAAGACUCGACACAAGGCUUCGCCAUUGUAGGUACCCCAAGUCCUCCAUUCCAUAUCCAUGACGAAUUCCAAGCAGCAAUCAUGUGGGCAAGCUUGAGACAAGAAAUAUUCCUUGCUCUCAUGAAUCAACGACACGUAAAUAUCCCUGUCGAUCGCCAUGCGCUGGAAUCUCUUCUCAAGGAUCAUCUUUGUCAAACGGCAGACGACAGCACUUGGUGCAACAGAAUGCUACUGCAUCUCUUUGAUACUAUACAGUACUGUUUUGGUGAUGCGCAUAGUUCGUCCACAUAUGACCAACUAUUCAGUUACGCCAAUACGUGGAUGUCUUCCAAGCCGUCGUCCUUCACUCCUGUCUUUUCCCAAGAUGGCCCUAAUGGCCAAAUGUUGCCUGAGAUAUGGUUUCUGGACAGCUGUGCAGCGGCAGGAAUGCAAUAUUACCAUUUAGUCAGAAUUCUGCUCACAGCACAUAAUCCCCGUGUCCCCAGGAUAGGACCAGCAAAAAAAGCAGCCAUCGAAUGGAUUGAUGAGCAAGUGAGAGGCCAUGCGAAAAUGGUUUGUGGGAUUGCGGAAUCGUUGGAAGAAAUCAAUCCCGGCCAUCUCUCUGCAUGCAUGUCUAUUGCCCUUGCUGGUGACUACUUUCAUGAAAAAGAAGAGCAAGCAAUCCUGUUAAACCUCAUGAUCAAAACCUCGUCAUAUUAUGGUUGGUCAACGGGCUCAACCCAAAAAUAUUUGCAGGAGACUUGGAAGUUAUAA